CAUCAAGAAACUCUCAAUUUCGAUUCUUUUCCUAAAAGAACGAUGAACUGUGUCAAAGUAAGCUCCUUUAUACAUGCUAUUCGUUCCUAUAAAAGAUUUUGUCACUUUGAAUCCAAAUCCCAUCUGGGUUUUGGUUCUUUAGACAGACCAGUUAGAGCUAGUGUUGGAAUUUUCUGGGAUUUAGAUAACAAACCACCUAAGUCAUUUCCACCAUUUGAUGCUGCCACUAAGCUCAAAAAGGCAGCUGGACAAUUUGGGGUUGUGAGAUUUACAGUAGCUUAUGCUAAUCGACAUGCCUUUAGUUAUGUUCCUCCUUUAGUUAGGCAGCAAAGGAAAGAGCGGAAAACAUUGAAUUUGUUGGAGAAAAGUGGGGUUGUUAAGGUUGAGGAUCCUUAUAUAUGUAGAGUGUGUGGGAGGAGAUUUUAUACUAAUGAGAAGCUUGUGAAUCAUUUUAAGCAAAUUCACGAACGUGAGCAGACGAAAAGGUUGAAUCAGAUUGAGUCUGCUAGAGGGAAAAUGAGGGUGAAGUUGGUGGCUAAGUAUGCAAUGAAGAUGGAUAAGUAUAAAGGUGCUGUUAGGGAUGUUUUGACCCCGAAAGUUGGGUAUGGUUUGGCGGAUGAUUUGAAACGGGCAGGUUUUUGGGUUAGGACUGUCUCGGAUAAGCCACAGGCUGCUGAUGUUGCGUUGAGGAAUCAUUUGGUUGAUGUAAUGGAUAAGAGGAUGGUGGAUUAUGUGGUUCUUGUGUCUGAUGAUUCUGAUUUUGUGGAAGUGUUGAAGGAGGCACGGUUGAGGUGUUUGAAGACAGUGGUUGUUGGUGAUAGUAAUGAUGGGGCUCUUAAGAGGACAGCGGAUGCUGCUUUCUCAUGGCAAGAGAUUAUGAUAGGAAAGGCCAAGAAAGAAGCUGUCUCUGUUGUUGGACGAUGGAAGGACCGAGAUGUUUUGAAAAGAUUGGAGUGGACAUAUGAUCCUGAGGUAGAGAAAAAGUUGUAUUACUCUGAAGUUGAGAGUGAUGAUUCUGAUGGAAUCUUUUCUGGGGAAGAUGAUAAAGAGGAUGUUGGUGCUUCCAUCUUGAAGGAAGAUGCUCAUGCUUGGUGGAAGCUGGACUCUCGUUCAGGACAUGAUUGAUGCAGCAACUGAUUAUUGUCUUCAGCUUCAUUCUUAUAAGAAGGAGAUAUGAACUGGUGAUUCCACCAUCCUCAUAAGGCUUUCCUAGCGUUGAGGUUUACAAUGCGGAAAGUUGUUAGCUCAGAAUUCUCAGAUCAAAAUGAGUGCAAAGGAAUUGGUGCAGAUUGAGCCCC